AUGCAAGCUGCAAAAAUCAAUCUACGGGCUCAAACAGGCGCCCCGAAAUGGUACAAUACAUUUAUGAAUCAUCUUCUCACACUCGGCUUCCAACACAGUCAAGCGUAUCCGUCGCUUCUCACGUUUCAACACAAUCAGUCCCAAAUCUUCCUCCUCGUCUACGUCGACGACAUUCUUGUGACUGGCAACAAUCAAGAAGUCAUCAACAACAUUCUCUCCAAGCUUCAUGCUCAGUUCAAUAUGCAAAAUCUGGGCACGGUUCAUCAUUUUCUGGGUAUUAAAAUUCAACAAUUCAAAGAUAAGUUCUUUCUCUCUCAAGCCUCCUAUGCUACAUCUAUCUUGACUUCUGCUAAUCUAACGCAUUGCAAUCCUUUAGCCAACCCGUCGUGUACAAAACUUCCGCCUGAAGUAGCAGAGGACACCAUUCUCUCGGAACCCAGCACCUAUCGCAGAAUCACCGGCUCACUACAGUAUCUCACUCUCACGCGUCCGGACAUUACUUACGCAGUCAACGUGCUAUCUCAACAUAUGCAUGAUCCUUCUUCUCAGCACGUAUACCUCCUUAAACGUCUGCUACGGUAUAUCAGAGGAACGGUGGACUUCAGACUGCCUAUUCUCAAAAAUCAGCUAAAACUCACGACAUAUUCAGAUGCCGACUGGGCCAGUGACGCUACCACGAGGAAGUCCACAACUGGUCACUGCACCUUCUUAGGUGACACUCUCAUAUCCUGGGCUGUUAAAAAGUAG